CAUCUUCCUCUAGUCCACUUCCCCUUCUCUACCCAAAAACGCUAGCCUUUCCCCCAAAACCGUCGCCUUCGUGACUGAAAGCUCGCGAUACAAGUCGCGGUAACAGCCCCAACGAAGGAAUUCGGAUUCGCAAAGACCUUCGAAACUCGAAUCUUUGUCCUCCUUCCGAUUCACUCCUACCAGAAACCACGAAGGAAGGAGCUCAGGAUUUACGGUUGCGUUUUUUUUCCGUUUGGCAAGAUUUUGAUUAAAUCCUGCUUAGAACCGGCCACCGAACAGCCCUGAAGUGGUAACGUGCAACUCGGAAGCAGACAGCGGCUGAGCCCGACUGGCGAACUUGCAGGAGCAUCAGAGAGCAAUAGGAAGAGAAUUGGGCAUUGCGAUAAUUUUAAAUGAUGAAGCACUGCAAGCUUGCAAUGGAGGAUAGAAUUAGCACUCUGCCAAGCAACAUCAUUGAACUUAUACUCAUGUGCUUACCAAUAGCAGAGGCAGUACGUACAAGUAUUCUAUCCAGCAGAUGGCUAUAUCAAUGGUGCACCAUCCCCAAUCUCAUAUUUGACAAGCACAGUGUCCCAUCAGGCGCAAAUUAUAGACUUGAGAGCAUCGUAGAUCAGGUCCUCCUACUUCAUAUCGGUCCCAUUCACAAAUUCGUCUUCGACGUCAACUCCUAUGGUGGCAUAAAAGAUAGAUGGCUGAUUUUCUUGUCCCGAAAAAAAUUGAAGGAGCUGGCUCUUAAAUGUUAUAGAGGCGACAAGAUACCUACUGCUCUUUACUCCUGUCAUGCUAUAGAAUCUCUGGAUCUGUAUGCUUGUGGAUUUAAGCUUCCCUGUAGUUUUAAUGGUUUUAGCUGCCUCACCUCCCUUCUCCUUAAAAGAUUUCUGACUAGAGGGGGUGUAUUUAAGCCAUUCCCAACUUAUAGUUGCUUGAAGAAAGUUUUGUUGAGCAGUUUUAAUUUUGAAGAUCAGGAGCUUGUCAUGACACUUGGUUCAUUGUUACAAAAUACCCCCGUGCUUAGGGAACUUCAACUAGAGGCUUACUCAGUUGAGUCCACUACCCCCGAACCUACAUCGAGGUGUUUUGAUUGGAAGGAAAGCCGUAAUUUUAAUUUGAACGAGCUUCGAAUGGUGAGGCUAACUGAGCUUGUGGGAGUGCGCAAUGAAAUGGAGUUCAUAGAAUUUAUACUUUCUACUGCGUCCAGGCUCGAGUCACUAAUUAUACAGGUAGAUGUUAUAGGCCACGAGAAAGUCGAACUUUUCAAAGAGAUCAUGCGGUUCCGAAGGUCUUCUCCCAUAGCCGAGAUUAUAAUACUGGAUUGAGGAGAAUCCUCCUUUUUUAUGUGCAGGUGAUUGAUGAGAGCUGCGAGAACGAAAAGACUUGUAGGCGAGGUCAUUCAGAUCCUGCAAUGACAUAAGAUUCUUGACGACAAA